CAAACGCCACCACAUUCUCUCCGAUCUCAAUUUCGCUGUACAGAAGAGCUUGAUUCCCAGAGAGACAAACCCGACCCGACAACCCGGAAGAAUCGAAAAAAAUGGGAAAGGACGGUCUGAGCGACGACCAGGUCUCAUCGAUGAAGGAGGCAUUCAUGCUCUUCGACACCGACGGUGACGGCAAAAUCGCCCCCUCCGAGCUCGGGAUCCUGAUGCGAUCCCUCGGCGGGAACCCGACCCAAGCCCAGCUGAAAUCGAUCACCGCCUCCGAGAGCCUAACCGCCCCGUUCGAUUUCAACCGUUUCCUGGAUCUCAUGGCGAAGCACCUGAAGACGGAGCCCUUCGAUCGCCAGCUCCGCGACGCCUUCAAGGUGCUCGACAAGGAAGGCACUGGGUUCGUUGCCGUUGCGGAUCUGAGGCAUAUCCUCACCAGCAUCGGCGAGAAGCUGGAGCCUAACGAGUUCGAUGAGUGGAUCAAGGAGGUGGAUGUUGGAUCCGAUGGGAAGAUCCGGUAUGAGGAUUUCAUCGCCAGGAUGGUCGCCAAGUGAGAUCUAAUCUGAGUCCUUUGUUUCCAAGUUUGAAUUUUGAAAUUCGAAUUUUUAUUUGAAGUAUGUUUUAAUUUUUUUACAUAAAGUUUCGCUCUUUAUGCUCUUGUGGUUUGGUUUGGUUUGGUUUGGAUCAGUGAAUCUAAUUGAUUCCAGUCUGUUUACUGUUCGUUGUUUUAUUUUGUUUUAACUAACUCUAUUGUUGUGUGGUUGUGAUUCCUACUUUUAUUCCAAGGAUGUUAAGUUUCGCUCU